CCGCCGCCGCGCCGCUCCCGCCAUGCGGCUCUGGGUGCUCCUCAGUCUGCUGCUGCUGCAGCAAGCGCUGCCACACGUAAUUGCAAAGAGUAAGCGUCCUAAAGAACCUGGAGAAAACAAAAUUAAGCCUGUUAACAAGAAAGUAAAACCCAGGACUCCCAAAAUGAAGGAGAGAGAAUCUGUGGACUCCUCUUUGAAGUCCCAAUCCAUACUGACACAGGUGAUGGAUAAAGGUAAUUUCCAGAAACUAGCUGCCACCUUAAGCCUGGCUGCAGGACAAAGCAUAGAACUGCGAUGUAAGGGGAGUAAUGUUACUUGGAAAUAUCCUUCUUAUUUAGACACCUUUAAAGACUCCAGACUCAGCGUAAAGCAGCUUGACAGGUAUAGUCAGCUGAUCCUUGCAAACUCCACUGCAGCAGACACAGGUGAAUACAGCUGCUGGCUUCAGCUGUGCAAUGGUAACAAAUGCAGGAAGGAUGAGACUAAAACAGGGUCAACAUACAUCUUUUUCACAGACAAAGAGGAACUUUUUGUACCUACUCCCAGUUAUUUUGAGAUUGUCUACCUGAACCCAGAUAAGCCUGCAGUCAUCCCAUGCCGUGUUACUACUCCUUCAGCAAAAGUGACUCUUCACAGGGAAUUUCCAGCAGAAGAAAUUGAGACAGAUGGAACUGAUAUUAUUUAUGAUGCAAAGAAGGGUUUUGUCUUCCAGCACCCUACUUCUGAUCAUAAAGGUAUUGUCUACUGCAAAGCAGAGUCACAGGGAGCACCUCAGAUUUCCAUCAAGUAUCACCUACUGUAUGUGGAAGUUCCCAAGGGCCCACCCUCAGCCACAAUUGCGGUGUCAUCCAGUAGGGCCAGAUUCAGUGACAGAGUUCGUGUCGUCUGCUCAGUCCUCGGGGAGCCAGAUGUGGAUGUGAACUUCAAGUGGCAGUAUCCAGGGCAAGAGUCCAGGAGGCCUGUGAUUACUCAAAACUUCUGGAGAUUGAUAAACAGAGGAAUUGGACAUACUACAAGAAUCUCAAAGAGUGUUCUUCUUGUGGAGGAUUUUGAAGACAUAGAUGCGGGAAACUAUGUUUGCAUAGCUCAGAACCUACAAGGAGAAACAACAGUAGCUACCAAAGUUGAACUAAAGUGAUAAAGACUUCUGGACAUGGACUGACCUGUAUGCUAUUUGACAUUAUUUCCAAUAAUUUUCUUUAUUAUUGUUUAAAUGUAGCUCCUCUGUUUCUAUGUCAGUGCAUUCCAUGUUGACUAGCUUGACAGGCCACAGCGGCGUUCACUCUGUCCAGCAGUAGUGAGUUGUGAGUUAAUGAAAGUACGAUGAAGCAUUAAAAUUUAAGUCUGAACAUGCAUAGGGUGUGUGCAUAUUUAGAAACAGGUGCUCUUUGGGCUUUCCUUUGCAUAUGGUCUUUUCCCUCAGACUCUUGUAUGAGGUCAACCCGCUGUGUGGAAUGUGCAAUUUAACAUUAAGAUUACUGUACAUGUUUAAAAUAGCAACAAUGAAAAAGCAAACUAAAAAAAAAAGCCUUGUAACAAAGUUACCCAAUAGGAGUUGUUUAUUUUGCAAGAAUAAUUAAAUUUUUGAACAUUAUGAAAACAUAAAUAUGUGUGUGCUCAUUUUCAUGUAUGUGUAAAGACAAACACAAAUACAUUUUUUGCUCCUGGUGAAGAUUAAUACUUUCUAGCACAUUAAUAUACAUUUAAUAUCUCCAGAGCCCUAUUAGCAGUUGGGUGUGCUGGAGUUUCCUUAUGUUGUUACAUUCUUAUAACCUUACAAUAUGUAGCUUACUUAGCAGUUCACUCAAUAGAUCUCUGGUGUGAUGUAGUAAAUUAUGUAGCAAAUUAUGGUUGUUAAAGGUAAAACUUGCAUUUAUUUAUAUAUUAAUAUUUACAGAAGGGGAAAAAAAAGCAAAGAAGCAAACAUCAGAAUAAUGUUCAGUUUUACAGCAGAAUUUCUUCCUAGGUUAAUAACAAGUUCAACUUCAUUGUAUCAAUUUACUUAGGAGAAAAGGAAAGAUAUUUUCAUUUACACAGACUAUACCUGGAUAAAUAACCCACUGCUUCUCUCACCCUGGGUUUAGUUACCAGUAGAAGGAAAGAGCUUGCUAGAGGAGAAGGUAGGAACUUGAUAACAACAUUGUUGGACAUUUUGGCAAGGUUUUGGGUUUUUUUUCCUUCGUCUCAAGCACCAACUUUAUGUGGGCUAGAACUUUCAAUAAAAACCUACUCCUUAGUAGUGAAAUGCCAAAAAAAAAAAAAUGUAAGCCAUUUUAUUCACAAGGCAAAUGAAAACCAGCUUAUUCUCAACACACAAGGAAGCAAAGCAGAAACUGGUCCCUUGGUCACACACUUCCCUCUGUCUCAGCCUGCAUUUGACUGGAAUUCCUAAAACCUUCUUCUGCUGAAGGCCUGAGGUAACUCUGUGCUCCAGGUAAUUCAGACCUUUGUGCAGAUGUGUACAGCACUAUUUGGAAUAGUGACAGCUCUAAGUGCUAAUGUAGAAAUGGCAGCUUCCC